UUUCUUGCAGGCUUCAAAAUUUCAUGAAUCCUCGAACCCUGAAAAUGAUACAAUGAUUCCUGUAUUGUCUUCGAAAAAAGCGAGUGAACUACCAGUCAGUGAAGUCGCUUGGAAACUAAAGGCUGAUCUUCAGAAUGGUUUAAACAAUGCUGAAGUGUGUCACAGGCGAGCCUCCCAUGGAUGGAAUGAAUUUGAUAUCGGUGAAGAUGAACCUUUGUGGAAGAAAUACAUUGCACAGUUUAAAAAUCCACUUCUUAUGCUCCUGCUGGCCUCUGCUGUCAUCAGCAUUUUAAUGCAUCAGUUUGAUGAUGCCGUCAGUAUCACCGUGGCAAUACUCAUUGUCGUCACAGUUGCCUUUGUUCAGGAGUACCGGUCAGAGAAGUCCUUGGAAGAACUAAGCAAACUGGUACCACCAGAAUGUCACUGUAUAAGAGAGGGGAGACAGGAGCACACCCUUGCCAGGGAAUUGGUGCCUGGAGACACUGUCUGCUUGGCAGUUGGAGACAGAGUUCCUGCUGAUCUGCGGCUAUUUGAGGCAAUGGAUCUGUCUGUGGAUGAGUCCAGCUUAACAGGCGAGACUGCUCCAUGUUCUAAAUCUACCACCCCACAACCAGCAGCUACUAAUUUGGAUUUAACAUCGAGAAGCAACAUUGCCUUUAUGGGAACUUUGGUUAGAUAUGGCAAAGCAAAGGGAAUAGUCAUUGGCACUGGAGAAAAUUCAGAAUUCGGGGAGGUCUUUAAAAUGAUGCAAGCAGAAGAGGCACCAAAGACUCCACUGCAGAAAAGCAUGGAUAUUUUAGGACAGCAGCUCUCCUUGUAUUCUUUUGGUAUAAUAGGUAUUAUAAUGCUGGUAGGAUGGCUACAAGGGAAACAUAUACUCGAUAUGUUCACAAUUGGAGUAAGUCUGGCUGUCGCAGCUAUCCCUGAGGGACUACCCAUUGUGGUAACUGUAACACUGGCACUUGGCGUGAUGAGAAUGGUGAAAAAAAAGAGCUAUUGUGAAGAAAUUACCCAUUUAGAAACACUUGGCUGCUGUAAUGUUAUCUGCUCCGACAAAACUGGAACAUUAACAAAGAACGAGAUGACUGUAACUCACAUUUUUACAUCUGAUGGAAUUCAUGCUGAGGUUUCUGGUGUUGGCUACAAUCGAUUUGGUGAAGUUACUGUUGACGGUGAUAUUAUUCAUGGUUUUUGCAAUACAUCCAUCAGCAAAGUAGUUGAAGCCGGAUGCGUGUGUAAUGAUGCAGAAAUAAGGAAUAAUACAUUGAUGGGCAAGCCAACAGAAGGGGCUUUGAUUGCUCUGUCUAUGAAGAUGGGGCUUGAAGGACGUCGUGAUUAUAUCCGGAAAGAAGAGUACCCGUUCAGCUCUGAGAAGAAGUGGAUGGCUGUAAAAUGUGUGCACAGAACUCAGCAGGAUAAACCAGAAAUUUUCUUUAUGAAGGGUGCUUAUGAGCAAGUAAUUCGAUAUUGCACAAACUAUAGCAGCAAAGGCCAGUCUUUACCUCUAAACCAGCAACUUAGAGACCUUUACCAACAAGAGACGGCAUACAUGGGCACUGCAGGGCUACGAGUAAUUGCUCUGGCUUCUGGUCCAGAAUUGGGUCAGUUGACAUUUUUGGGUCUGGUGGGGAUAAUUGACCCUCCGCGAACAGGUGUGAAGGAAGCAAUCACUACACUCAUACGCUCUGGAGUCGACAUUAAAAUGAUCACUGGAGAUUCCCAGGAAACAGCUGUGGCCAUAGCUAGCCGUCUGGGCUUUUACUCCAAUGGCUUGCAGUCUCUGUCUGGAGAAGAAGUAGAUGCAAUGGAUAUUCAGCAGCUUUCUCAGAUAGUACCAAAGGUGUCUGUGUUCUACAGAGCCAGCCCAAGGCACAAGUUAAAAAUUGUAAAGAGUCUACAAAAUAUUGGUGCAGUGGUUGCCAUGACUGGUGAUGGAGUGAAUGAUGCUGUCGCACUGAAAGCUGCAGAUAUUGGGGUUGCUAUGGGCAAGACCGGAACAGACGUCUGUAAAGAGGCAGCUGACAUGAUCCUGGUGGAGGAUGAUUUCCAUACAAUUAUGUCAGCCAUUGAAGAAGGGAAAGGAAUCUACAAUAACAUUAAAAACUUUGUUCGGUUUCAGCUUAGCACGAGUAUUGCUGCGCUGACUUUAAUAUCUCUUGCAACUUUAAUGAAUUUCCCCAACCCUCUCAAUGCCAUGCAGAUAUUAUGGAUUAAUAUUAUAAUGGAUGGUCCUCCUGCCCAAAGUCUUGGGGUAGAGCCUGUUGACAAGGACGUGAUUAGAAAACCACCGAGAAACUUGAAGGAUAGCAUAUUGACCAAAAACUUGAUAAUAAAAAUUCUGAUUUCCUCCAUCAUCAUAGUGUGCGGAACAUUGUUUGUCUUCUGGAGAGAGUUGCGGGAUAAUGUCAUUACUCCAAGAGACACAACAAUGACCUUCACGUGCUUCGUUUUCUUUGACAUGUUCAAUGCUUUAAGUUCAAGGUCACAGACAAAAUCUGUCUUUGAGAUUGGCCUGUGCAGUAAUAAGAUGUUCUGUUAUGCAGUUCUUGGUUCUAUCAUGGGUCAGUUACUCGUCAUUUAUUUCCCACCUUUACAGAAAGUUUUCCAGACUGAAAGUCUCAGCAUCCAAGACUUGCUGUUCCUAAUAGGACUGACGUCUUCUGUAUGUAUUGUAUCGGAAAUCAUUAAAAGAGUUGAGCGGAGUCAAGAAGGGGUUCAGAAGCGCAAAGGAUCGCCGUCCUCUUUGUUUCUUGAAGUAUGA